AUGUCAUUUCUUGCCGGAUUUUUACAUCGGCAUCUUUUUGUUCAUGUACCAGAGCCCACUGCUUCCUGGGAAGGAAAGACAGUGAUCAUCACAGGCAGUAAUACGGGACUCGGUCUUGAAGCAUCUAGAUUGAUCGUGCGACUCGGCGCACAACGCGUCAUCAUGGCUUGUCGAAACAUCGAAAAGGGCAAAGCUGCUGCGGGUGACAUCGUGAGAUCCACUGGAUGCUCACAGCAGACUCUCGAAGUAUGGGAACUAAACAUGAGUUCAUAUGAGUCGGUACAAGCAUUUGCAAAGAGAGCAAAUGUGGAACUUUCACGCCUCGAUGCCGUACUUGCAAACGCAGCAAUCAUGACACGCGAGUUCAGAAUGACGGAAGACAACGAAGAAACGAUAACAACCAAUGUCGUUUCGACUACUCUUCUCAGUCUUCUGCUUUACCCGAAACUUUCUGAAUCGGCCAAGCUAUAUGAUACGCAGUCUCAUCUUACUUUGCUGGCCUCGGAGCUGCACAAGCUGGCGACAUUCAAAGAACGCAAGGUGCCUGAAGGCCGGAUCUUUGCUACUUUGAACAACGAAAGAACGGCAAAUAUGGCCGAUAGAUACAACGUGUCCAAACUGAUCACCAUUCUUAUUGCCAAGCAUCUUGGUGAACAGUCAUCUUUCAAAGAUAGUGGAGUGAUCGUGAAUGUUGUCUGUCCGGGAUUUUGUAAGAGCGAACUCAGAAGGGAAUACGACAGUGCCGCCUUCCGUGCGUUUUCCGCCGCUUUCGCACGCACGACCGAGGUGGGAGGGUGCAUCCUUGUUAACGUACUGAGUGCCGGCUCGGAUUCUCACGGUCGAUAUUUACCUGACUGCAAGAUGGUAGAGCUCACAGGAAUGUGCAGGGGCAAAGACGGGGAUGAGCUGCAAGACAGAAUCUGGAAAGAAUUGAGUAAGAAAUUGGAGCAUAUCUGCCCAGGUGUUACAGCAACAUGGUAGACUCCCAUCGCGAUUUGUUCAGCUCAUACAGGCG